GUAGGUUCAGGACUUCAGGCUAUACAGAUAAAAGUAGAGGCUUCCAGUAAGCUCUGAUAGUAGCGUGGUUCGUUAUUUCGUUUCCCUUCCAUUCUUCUCUCGCCAUUUUGCAAAAGAAUAGAGAAAAAUUAGCGACCGAAAGGAGAUGGAAGCAAGUUCGGAGCAGAAGACUCAUCCUUUUGAUCUUCAAAUGGACUCCGGUACAGCGCUGAAGCUUGUAAAGCACGGCGCCACUCUCCUCCUUCUCGAUGUUCCUCAGUACACUCUCGUAGGCAUCGAUACUCAGAUGUUUUCGGUGGGGCCUCUUUUCAAGGGUAUAAAAAUGAUUCCUCCUGGACCUCAUUUUGUAUACUAUAGCUCCGCAGACAGGAAUGGCAAUGAGUUCUCACCAGUAGUUGGAUUUUUCCUUGAUGCUUGUCCUUCGGAGGUAAUUGUUCGUAGAUGGCAUCAGCAGGAGGAACGGUUAGUCAAACUGCCAGAAGAAGAGGAGGAGAAGUAUCAUGAGGCAGUUAAGAGAUUUGAGUUUGACAACCAACUGGGGCCUUAUGCAUUGAAUCAUUUUGGGACCUGGAAGCAGAUUUCAAACUACAUCACAAAGAGUACCAUUGAACGGAUUGAACCAAUUGGACGUGAAAUUACUGUUGUGUGUGAAUCUGGACUGGUUGAACAAGUCCCUAAGACAGUCAUGGAGAAAGCUUUAGCAGAGCAGUUAAGGAAUAGUAAGUUCUCAACAUCUGCUGAAAAAUCCCAGAGACGAGGCUGUUACUACACAUCAAUUCCCCGUGUUGUCAAGAAUAAGGGCAUUUCAGGACAAGAACUUACUUCUUUGAACAUUGACAAAACACAACUGUUAGAAACCAUAUUGGUAAAAGAGUAUGGAGGUGCAGAAGAUUUACUUUUGGGGGAGUUGCAAUUUGCAUUUAUUGCAUUUCUGAUGGGGCAAUCACUUGAAGCAUUUUUUCAGUGGAAAGCUCUAGUUAGUCUAUUUUUCAGCUGUUCAGAAGCUCCUUUUUGCACAAGGACUCAAUUGUUUAUAAAGUUUAUAAAAGUUAUCUACUACCAGUUGAAGUAUGGUUUUCAGAAAGAUUCUAUAAAUACAUCAGCCGUGCAAAAGGGGGCAUCAGUGCUCUUAGAUGAUUCAUGGCUUUCAAAGGACAGUUUUUUGCACCGUCUUUGCAAGGAUUUCUUUUCUUUAAUAAAAGAAGCCUCAGUUGUUGAUGGAGAUCUUCUAUCAUGGACAUACAAACUUAAAGAAUUGCUUGAGACCACUCUAGGGUGGGAAUUCCAGGACAGUGCAGUAGAUGGCAUCUAUGCGGAAAAUGAUGAUGAGUUUGCUCCUGUUGUUGAACUGUUGGAUGACGCAAGUUUCAGUGAAGCUUCAGCUGCUUAAAGCGACAGUUGACAAUUACAAGCUCUGAUGUGUAACAAGUUCAAUCAAACAACGCGAUUCUGUGGUAUCUCAUUGAUCAGCAGUUGCCAUAGCCAGGGUGUUCAAUCGCUUGAUCCCAGACAUGAUGGCUGUCCAUGGUUCAAAGCAUACAUUAACCCGUUUUUGUAGUCACAGAGGGCAGAACUUAGUUUCCAGUAUGUAUAUCAUGCUACUGUUGCAUUUAAAUUGUAGAUCUGAAGUUCUGAUGUGAACGCAGAACAAAUGACUCAAGGAAUGGAUAAAACAUUGUUCCAUUUCGUAGGUAGAAAUUACACUAAAUCAAUGUUUUAGAUGAGCAUAAACAAGUCAUAUGUAAUGUAUGAACUACUGGAUCACAAUUGGUAAACAGUGAAAAUUGAUAGAACUAAAAUAUGCAUGAGACUCUUAAUUCU